UCGGACCCGUUGAGUUUUGCGUCUACCUAAGGUAAUCUAUCCGUAGGAAAACGUGAUACGGGGUAUAUAAGGAUUUAGAUGAGAUAAGAGACAGAAAAACUAUAGGAACCAUCCCACCGGCUCGGAAGACGGGGAUGAACACGAACAGAGAGAGCAUAGCAUGAAAAGACAUGAGAAGGGCAGAAAGUAAUCUAGCAAGGGCCGUAUCUGACAUGGGCAGAGAGUAGUAUUACCGUUUGUGAUGGGAUUACUGAACCAUCCUCCCAGUCGACAUGGUGCUGCAUUCAUGAACCGAAGGAGUGCCAAUGCUGGCUGGAAUCACACCAAAGAAGCUCUCAACACUUUUCCCAUAGUAUUCAACUACAUGAACCGCGCGAUGGAACCCAAACUCUGGACCACAGCAUGGGAGUAUCCAGGCUUCCGGAGGAUCCAGGUUGAACAAGUAUCCCGCACCAACCCCCCCCCCCCCCAUUGUGCUUUUCGAACCCGGCGCCGUUGUCAGCGCACGUGGGAGACAUGCCGGGGCGGGUGUGUGUCGCGGAUGAGGAGGAGCAGAAAGAAGGAAAGAGGGGAGAAAGCCGUAGUGAGGACCUUGAAGAGCGAUAAGCAUAAGCCGGAAUACCGCUCUCCUUUACCUUGUGCUCGCCACUUCUCUCUUGUCCCCCCGUUCCCAUGCCAAUGUCCAUCCGCCAUCUCACCUGAGUGGGAGGUUGUCACAGUAGUGUUAGAUAUGGUCGUGGAUGCCACUAGUGUGGGGGGAACACCAGUCUGGUUUGUGCCGUCUGUUGUCGUUCUGAUGUAUGCCGGGCAGUUAUCAAGUUUUCCCUCGAGCAAAGGCUGCCACUGAAUCCGAAGCCCGGGGGGCCUAGGCAGGUAUAUUAUUAAUGGUGGUCCAACGCAACCUCACUGUGUAAGCCCGGUCAACUCUUUUGGUGCCCCAACUUGCGUGACAGGAG